AUGCACGCCCGAUUGGUUGUUUUGUUUAUCGUUUCAUUGACGCCCGUUUUCAAUGGAGCUGCUCUUUCCGGUCCGAUUCUGAAGGGAGGUUCUGACGCGCCCUGGGGAGCCUUUCCAUCGGCGGCAUUCAUACGGACACCAUUUCUAAGUUUCUGUGGAGCUGCUGUCGUUCAUCCAGAUUUCGUUUUAACCUUAGCCCAAUGUGUUUAUGACGAAGAGCAACUGAUUCCGAUUCAACCAAACCAGAUAGAGGUCAUAGCGGGAGAUAGAAACAUAGUCUCCGUAUCAAUCGAACGUCAGGAAAGGAAUGUACUGGAAGUGAUCAUUCAUCCAAACUACACAGCAUACAAUCAUCAAAAUGACAUCGCACUGUUGAAAUUGGACCGUCCGCUGGAGAUGCCAUCGAAUACCGUGGAAACGAUCGUUCGAAGACAUCGAAUUGUUCCCGAUGGAAGCAUUUGUGAGCUUCCUGGAUGGAGCAUGGAACGAGUUAGUUCAUCCUCGCUGACUGAAGCGGACCAGAAGUACACGACGGUGAAAAUGCUCGAUCGGGAUAUCUGCAAUCAGGCAAAUAUUCACGCGGGUCGUGUUCGGGAGAGCAUGGUUUGCGGAGGGAAUCUUUUGAGUAGUACUAACGCGGUGUGCAGUGGUAAUUUGGGAUGUCCACUUUACUGUGAGGAGGAGUUGACUGGACUGUUGUCGUUUGGAGUUAACUGUGGGGCACCGAAUGAUCCACCGGUGUUCACUCAGCAAUCCACCGUACGUGAAACGCGAGAAGACCGGACGAGAAAACACCUGUUGUUCACCACUGCAAACGGAUCCGUAAUGGAUAGAAUUUCCAAUUAA